UCGCAGUUAAACAUCCGAGCCCAUUCGGAAUAUCGUCUCAUCUCUUUCUCACAGAUGGCGGUUCGCAUGGGUUCGUUAAGUCGCCGCCACGCGCGCCUGUUCGUUGUUGCACAUCGACGUCAACCGCUUUCAGUGCUAUAGCGCGUUCCUCCGCGCUAUAUCUACAUAACCUAAAAAUUUACAAAUUGUUCAUAUUUCACUGUUAAUAUAUUUAAUACUCAUGAUUACCUCGAGUUUAUAAAAGUUGUGGUGUGAAGUUAACGCCCAGUCGAGUGGCGUUCGUUGAGUGUAUUUUUGUGAAACACAAAGUAAAUAUAAACGGCAAGCUGUGGGGUUCAGGGGCCUUUUUUUUGCCGCCGCAGGGGAUGUACUAUCCUGUGAGUAACGGCAAUGUCAUCGAUACAGGAACACCUACCCUACUGCACAUGGUGGGCACGGGGAUGGCGGCCCCGUUCCCGGCGGCGGCGGCGGCUGCGGCAGCUGCGGCACAGUUCGCAGCCAACGGGGACCUCAGCGGAGUGAAGGCGGAGAGCGGUCCCACGGCACCGCCACAGCCCACACUCGUCAAGAGUGAAGGCCCGCCGUCACAAGCGCCUCUUCCACCAAACAAUUUCUCACCGCAACCAUCUUCGCAGGCACAUACACAAAAUGCACUAGAAAAUCAAAAUAAUAAUUCACAAAGCGAAGGAGAGUCGAACGAGGAGAGCACGCCCGUGAGCGUGGCGGCGGCCGUGGCGCAGCAGGCGGCGGCGGCGCACGCGGCGGCGGCGGCCGUGAGCGCGGCCGUGGCGGCGGGCGCCGCGCCGCCCGCGCCGCCCGACAAGACCCUCGUGCCCGUCUCGCAGGCCUCGCAGCCCAAGCGACUCCAUGUCUCCAACAUCCCCUUCAGAUUCAGAGAUCCAGACCUUAGAAACAUGUUCGGGCAAUAUGGCACAAUACUUGAUGUAGAAAUUAUCUUCAACGAACGAGGUUCAAAGGGAUUCGGUUUUGUAACAUUCGCAAAUAGUGGUGAUGCGGAGCGAGCACGAGAGCGUCUACACGGCACCGUGGUUGAGGGCAGAAAGAUAGAGGUUAAUAACGCUACAGCGAGAGUGCAGACAAAGAAAUCGCCAGCGGUUCCCAACGUGUGUGUCCAGUGGCCCGAAGCUCCCGCGGCGGCGUUGCGCGGCGCGGCCGUGCUGCGCGGUCGCUCCCCGCGCCCCCCCGCCGCCGCGCCGGCGCACCCCCACCCCCUCCAACCCGCCGUGAUGCCUCGCGCUGCCGCAUACGCCUCGCCGUUGCACGCCUACGCACCUGUGUAUUACGACCCGUUCUUAGCAGCAGCUGCCACUGCGGACUCCAACUACAGACUCCAGGUGUUCCAGGCCGCAGCGGCGGCAGCGGCGGCGGCGGCGCCCCUGCUCAAGUCCCCGCUGACGACGGCUCAGCACGCGGCGGCGGCGGCGGCGGCCGCCAACUACGGCGCGGCCGCGCGCGCCGCCGCCGCCGCCGUCAACGCGGCGCCCGCGCCCGCCGCGCUCGCGCCCCUCGCCGCCACGUACGGACGGGAGUAUGCAGACCCGUAUUUAGGCCACGGUAUUGGACCAGUGACAGGAUAUGGGACUGCCGUCUACAGAAGCGGAUACAACAGAUUCGCGCCAUACUAAGCCAGUGGAACAAAGUAGGAUUUUAUUACUCGAAUAUGAAAACUUCGUCAUCUUUACGUAACAUGACAAUGAACUCUCUUUGUAAACGUACAAAAAUUAAUUAUAGGUAUCAGUAAUAAUAGUGCUAGCCGAGUACUGUCUAAGUAAGCUUGGAUAGCAGUCGUCAAGAGUCCAACUAGGCCCAUCGGGCCAGGAACUUAUAAAUACCAAAGUCAUUAAAAUUUCUAACAGAAAUAGUUUAUUAAGUUGAACUGUAUUGUAAAUUACGUGGGAAAUGCAUAUACAAGUGCGAGCAGCUAACGGAAUGCAUUCGUUCUUAGAUAUUUGUAAGAGUUACGCGAUAUUGUGCCGACACGUUGUCGAUGUGCGGUCUCCUAGAGUAGUUGUUACAUUCAUACUAUUGACAAUAGACAAAUUCAUGUAACGAUAUAUUUAGUGAGCUUUGCACUUGCAUAUCAUAUAAAAAAUUGUAAAUAUGAAUUCGAACACGUUUUACUAAUUUUACAACAUACUCUUAAUUUAAUAAAUGAUUAUUUUAACGCUUCCACUGCGAGUAGUUCGCCGGACAACAUUCGAAUGGAGUGGUUAGCACCCAGACACACACACACACACUCGCGGUGAGGGGCUGGAAACGGUGUGGAACGGUGUGCUGUCCCCUAAAUUUGUUUUACCGUGAAAUGUUAUUUUUGAUACUGUGUUUUAUUUUAUCUGUAUUUUAUACGUAUACUCCUACAUUAUAGAUCGAUUGUAUUCGACGCAAGGAUACAUUUGAAAUUCCUCCUACAUAGUUUCGGUAUGUAGUUAGUCGUUUUGUAGUAUAUUUUAAUAACAUUUACAAUGUGGUGCGUAUAGAUAGUGGUGCCAUUUGCUCGGUUGUUAUUUACACGUAUAUUUUUCAAUUGUUACCUUCUACAUUUUGAUCGUAACCACUAAUAUAAUUAUAGACGGUUUCGAGUAUCGUUUGGAUCUUUAUUGCAUAGCCAUCUAUCGACGACAUCGGUUUCGUAACUAAUGUAGUGCGUGUGUACGCGUACACGUACGUACGUAUGUCGACGUGAGACACAAUUGUUACUAAAUGAAUUAGAGUUCGACGAAGUAGUGCGUCAGUUAUUCGACGCCUUUAGUUUAUUGCGCCGCGCUUCCGACUUCAAAGUCCAAGCGAUACUCUAUAAAUAAGUGUUUAUUUCAGUCACGCUGUACACUUCGCUGUCGUUAAUAGAAUAAUUGGAAUAUUUACUUUGCAGUCCUGUAGAGUGGGCCGAAUCGUUUAUCGGUCGUUAGUUCUAAUAUCUAACUUAACUGGAAGGUAGGCGAGUAAUGCUUUAGAUGUAGUGUAAGUAAAGAGUACUCUGUGGAGUUCUACAUAUCACUGAGAUUUCUCCUUGUAAUUAUGUUUAAUACUACUUCUACUGUAUCUAACUUUACAGUGCUAUCUGAUAAACCUUCAUUUUAUGGAACAAAUAUGCGUACGGGUCCAACCCCUUAGGAAUCGUAAUGUUUAGAUCUAACGUUUGCAUUAGAAUUGUAAAAUAUUAUAACCAUCUAUGGAUUCGCUCAACGUUUAUACCAAAGCACAAAAACCCAUCGAUUCAUACGUUCGCAGAGCUUUGCAUGUCAUUCGUUUCUUCUCAUUAGAUUUAAUAGUCUUUCAGUUAGAAAAACUUAAAAAAUCUACAAGUUGUGCACGUAAUUCGUAAUCAAAACUCAUAACUAAUUAGCUUACCUUCGUUUUAUCGUCAUACAGAUCUGAUUUCAAGUGCGCUGUUGCAAAAUUGUGUUUGCGAAGGGAUUAAGACGACCGUAGAUUGUUAUUAUUUCGACGUUUGAACAAUUACUGUGCAUUUCUUUAUGAUUUAGUUGUUUUUUUACAGUUUCGUAUGUUGCCCGUUGCAACAUCGGUAUACGUUUCAAGUCAUAAGAUAGCGCAGUGCCGUCUGCAUUAAUAGCUUUAAUUACGUACACGAUGAAGACGAGCCGCUCGUUUGUACAAUAAGACAAAAGGUUCAAAGAAAAAUUUGCGGUUUCUAAUUACGUCCGUUUAGAAUUUCUAGUCUUUUCGCGCACAAUCGUAUAGGUUUAAAGGUGCUCGCGUUGCUCCUACUGGUUUUAUGUGAUAACUACGAAGUACACUUUUGGUAUAUCUGAAUUAUAAACUGUAAGUUAAUAUUCUCUGUAGAAGUUCUAUGUGUCAUAUUUUCUGAUUGCCGACUUGGUAUACUUCACUCACCUAGUAGUGCCACUGGCUUUAUGUUUAGGCUUAAAUUUAUUAUUAUUAUACGUUACUGUAGUCAUGUUGCAGCUUCGAACAAUACUGUGCUUUAUCGCUAAAUACUCAUGUAUGAAUGUUUAUCUUUAAGGUUUUAGUUUUAUACUUUACUGAUUUUUUAGAUUUUUUAUGCAAUUUUGUACCUAAGUACAGUUACAAGUACACGUGAAUCUUAUCGAUGAUUAUGAUUUUAUAUAUUUUUCGUAGUGAACAAUGUCACAAAUGUUUGUGUUGAAUCAAAUUUUUGAUUAUCGUUUUUGUAAUGCAAGUACACAUAGCGCAUUUUGGACGCGGUACAAGAUUAGUUUUAAGGCAAGAGCUCUCUGGCUGCGUGCUCACCCGGCCCAAAGUCGCCACGUGUACUUGAUCUCUCUCUAUCUCUCUAAAUCGAUGCUGAUUUUAUAAUUUUAUUUUAACUUUUAUAGAUGAUUUUGAUGAAAUUAAAGUAUAAAUUAAAAUAUACGAAAUGAAUUAUUUAAGAUUUUAGGUGUUUCAUAUUCUAAGCCAAAUUGUUACUCGGAGAAAAAUCUGAAUUUAAAUGACAUAUCUGACAAAAUGGUUAGUGUGCUACAAUAAGGUUUUGAAAAGAAAUCAUCAAGAUCAAUGUAUUAUAAUAUAAUAAUCGUUAAAUUAAGGAUAAUAUUAUGUAUUUUGUAUCAACGAUUGUUUCUCGUUUUUUAAGAGAUGUUAAAUCAAAUCGAACCGUUCAUUCGAUACCGCUGUGCACAAACCGACCCGUGGCUUCCCGUCGGCCUCAUAUCAGUAGAGUCGUUAGCCACGCUGUACAUAUGUUAUCGGCGACGCCGCCGCAUGUUGCGCGAAUUAUUGUUAACUUAGCGAGUUCAUAAGUAUCACUUGUUCGUCAAUUGCACUCGUCGACGCUACUCAGAUAGUGUAGUUUACUCAGAUGUUAGCAGGGUUGAUAUCGACGCCUUCGUGUCCAAGUAUCUGAUGUAAUUGUUGAGGUCGCGGACGUGUCCCGGCGCGGCUCGCGUGCGUGACUCGUUCGCGUCAGAGCCCCGGGGGGGGGGAGGGGGUGUGGCUGUCCGCCGCGCGCGUCACGCUGCGAGUCGCACGCGUCACUGAAUAGAUACUAAUUACCGUGCUCAAUUUCCGUAUCUGUAUGUUGUACGUAUAAUAUUAAAACGUUUUAAAGUUUUUUAAUAUACCUUAAAACUUACGUUUGUUAUACCUGAUGGUUGUCUUCCGUUUGGCACAUUUUAUAGAAUCGAUGCACAUUUUAAUCUAGCGCGGAAGCUCAGACCCGGCCGUUAUGCGGUUUUUUGUUGUCGAAUGUUAUCGAGCCGAGUGCACAGCGAUCCCUCUCGUGCGAUUUGUGAUAAAGUAAUGAAUAGAUUUUUCGUGUGGCAAUUUUAUCAUAGAUUGCAGAGCUGAUUUUCUCUCCUAUUGUAAAUAUAUAUUUUUUUCAAAUGGGAAAUGUUGAAUGAAGUAAAUCAUUUAAAGCCAUUGGCAUUGUGUACUCAUUUACGUUAUUAAUAAAUUAUAGUAUGAAUUUAAA